UUUCUAUAUGGUUGUACAUUCGGGUAAUUCGUGAAUGUGAGACAAGUCGGUAUAUAACUGAGCAAAAUUAUUAAAUUGCAAUAAAUUAUUGAAACAAAGAAUUAUCAAAAAUGGGUGAUGACGGUCAGAAAUUAACUGGUAUCCAGAAAUACUUCAACAGCACUACUAAUUCCGGCAGAGCUAAUACUUCUAAGUUAACACUCAGUGUCCUGGGAUUAGUAAUUGCUUACAAUCUUUUGAAACCAAAGAAGAAGGCAUCACAACCAAGUGCCUAGAUGAUCUGUCAUGUAAAAUGUAGACUUAUGUAACAACAAUUUAUUCUUAUUUUCGGUCUACCAUGACUUUUUCUGUUAAAAAAACAAAAUUAAACCUCUUUAAAUUGUUCAAUAAAUAUUUAGGAAUAACUUAA